CAGAAAAUUAUUUUAGUUCAUGCUUUUCAACCGAUCCACUCUCCAGUCAUUAGAGGGCGCUGUAAAACCGAUUGCUUGACAAAAUUCAGCUCGAGCACGAAUAAGAAGCAAAAGAUCCUCGAAUGUUUCACGCUUCAUCUUGAGAUCAUCAACUCGUGGUUUCAACAACCAAAGCGAUCAACACAAUGAGCCACUAGCUGCACUGCUACAUUAGCAUCAUUAGCCUCUGAUAGCAAAGCGGGACAUCACUGAAGUAGGCACCAUGACGUCGUCCAUGUUGCGAAGACAGCUGAAGAACCUGGUCCAGAACUACUCUGAGGCCGAGGUUAAGGUCCGUGAGGCCACAUCCAACGACCCGUGGGGCCCGUCCAGCUCACAGAUGGCCGACAUCUCGGAUCUCACCUACAACGUGGUGGCCUGUAACGAGAUCAUGACCAUGCUGUGGAAGAGGCUCAAGGACGACAGAAACUGGAGGCACAUCCACAAGUCUCUGACGCUGCUGGAGUACCUCCUGAAGACUGGUGACGACCGUGUGCUGCUCAAGAUGAAAGACAACAUCUACAUCGUCAAAGCGCUCACAGAGUAUCGAUUCGUGGAGAAAGAUGGCAAAGAUCAGGGUGCCAAUGUACGUGAGAAGGCUAAAGUGGUCCUGGUCCUGAUGGAGGAUGAUGACAAACUCAAGGAGGAACGAGACUUUGCUGUCAAGACCCGAGAGAAGACAUCAAAAGGUUCGGCGGCCUCGUCGUUGGACACCGUCAAGGACCCCAACUACAAGCCGUGCUACGUCCCUGGCUCCACGGGGCUCCCAUCGCUGGACAACAUCCCGUCUGUAGCCGACCUGACGGCGUCAUUCGCCGCUCGCAAGGAGGAACGCAUAAAGCAGGAGGAGCAGAAGAAGGAGACGGAAAGGAGGGCCAAACUGUCUGAAGACGAGCUGAAAUGGGAAGAUGCCGGUAAAUCUGACAAUGUAGGGGAUCAGGCCUGGACUGGUGAUAAGACAGCAGAGGAGGACGACGCCAAGCCAGACCCUUGGGGGGCCCCUAAAACAGAUCCUUGGGGUGCACCCUCGGAUUCGGCUCCUGCGCCAUCUAAAACUGACGAGAAUUCUCCGAGCGCAGACGACAAACCGUCUGAUCCUUUCAAAGCACAAACAGAUGAUCCAUUUGUAGUGCAAAACGCCACCCCAAAACAGAAGGACUCCUUUGAAGACCAGCAAGAAGAUCCCUUCACGUCUUCUAAUAACGACCCGUUUAACACCCCGAAAGACGACCCGUUUAACGCACCCAAAAAUGACUCGUUUGACACCCCAAAAGAUGACCCAUUUAAAACCCCUAAAGACAAUCCCUUCAAUACUCCUAAAGAUGAUCCAUUUAACACUCCCAAGGAUGAUCCCUUCACUACCUCAAAAGAUGAAAACACCCCUAAAGAUGACCCAUUUAACACCCCUAAAGAUGACCCGUUUAACACCCCAAAAGAUGACCCGUUCAACACCCCAAAACAUGAUCCAUUCAACACGCCGAAGGAUGACCCAUUCAACACCCCUAAGGCUGACCCAUUUAACGCACCAAAAGAUGAUCCAUUUAACACCCCUAAAGAUGAUCCAUUUAACACCCCUAAAGAUGACCCCUUCAACACCUCAAAAGAUGAUAACCUUUCUAAAGAGGACCCAUUCAACACCCCAAAAGACGACCCAUUUAAUACCCCAAAAGAUGAUCCCUUUACUACCCCAAAAGACGACCCGUUCACCACCCCAAAAGAUGCUAACCCUUCUGAAGAUGACCCAUUCAACACCCCUAAAGACGACCCAUUUAAUACCCCAAAAGACGACCCCUUUAGUACCCCAAAAGAUGACCCCUUCAACACCCCAAAAGAUGAUAACACGUCUAAAAACGACCCAUUUAAUACCCCUAAAGAUGACCCCUUUAACACCCCACAAUGCAACAAAAGCCCACCUGCUGCUUUGACGACACCCCCAAAAGACGACCCCUUUAGUACCCAAAAAGAGGACCCUUUCACAGCACCUAGCGUCAACGCCGAAGCCACGACGCCACCGAAGGAUGACCCUUUUACCGCCCCUAAAGACGACCCCUUUUCUGCCCCCUUGACGCCCCCCAAAGAAGGAGAAAGCGGGGCGUCGGAUCCCUUCGCCGCGCCCCCGCUGAGCUCGUCCCAGAGCGGUAGCGAUGCCUGGGGGACCACCUCGGCGCCCCCUGUUGGUUCAGACCCGUGGGGAGACAACGCCUCGUCGCCUGUAGACAAUUGUGACCCGUUUGGGGACACGUCCAAAGCUCAAAAUGACCCCUGGGGGGCGCCAGGUUCUGCUGAUCCAAAUGAUGCCUGGGGGGCUCCUGCAUGUUCCUCCCCCACCGACGACCCCUUUGGAGACUCCAAAACUCGAACGGAUAAAGAAAACUCCUUUUAGACUUGGACAGAAGAGGCUGGGACAAAAAUGGGCCAGGUGGCAAGGGGGGGGCGGGGCUUCCGGACUUGGACCGCCUGAAAAGAGUGCCCCAAUUCCCAGCAUGCAUUGCAUAGCACCUUGGCUGAAGCCCCGCCUCCCCCACACCAAGGACAAGCAGCCACAGUGUUUCCAUAACAACUGUCAGGGAGGGGCGGAGUCAGUGCAAUUCACGAAUAUUAAUCAGUAGUCUGUGUCUUUGGCUCCUCCCACUUUCCUUGUGCUUUUCGUGCGCGCGUGUGUGUAGUUCAAUGUGUUGAAGUUGUGUAGCUGUUAGCAUUAGCAUUCCGCUCAGUCUUUGCCCCUCCCUGCUGGUAAGACUGCACAAAACGGUGGCAUGACCACACACAGUUUACAAUUUGUCACAUAAAGUUAAUAAUUACGUAUGCGCAACACAAUUACACAUAACCCCACACAGCGUUAGGGCUGCCACAAAUUAUUUUGACUCCAGAAGUCAUAAAAUAUUUACUGGCAGCCCUAGUACACACACAAAUAUACACACAUAAAUACUACUACACACCAAUACUAGCAAACCUGCUUGUAAGCGUGCGCGUCUGAUCCAACGAGUGUUGUGUUUUUAUCGCAUGCGUGCCGUAAUCACACACGAACCUUACAGUACCGUGUAAAAAUACAAUCAGGAGUAUUUAUGGAUUUAUUGCUUGAAUAUUUAUUAAUGCAACCAAUCAGCGUAAAGAAAAAGUUCAGGUUGUUACUGUUAAGAUGAGGUUGAAAGACGACCGAAUCACAUCAGUUUUUGUUCAUUUCUUUUUUUAUAAGUACAUUUUAUUUUUGCAGUUGUAGUAAUUUAAGUGUACAGGAUCCAUAUUUAUUGAUGUAUUUAAUUAUUUAUGUAAGAAAUUAUGGAUGAUGAAAGAGUUGUCAGUCUUCCGUUCGGAUGCGUUUCUUAUUGUGACCACAAGAGAGCGGCAAAGAUGUCGCUACGGCCAGUGUCAUUCCAUAUAUUUAAGUUGAUAUGAUGUGACGUCAUGAAAGUGUUUGUCGCUUGGGGUGUUUCUGAUUUAUUUUUCUAUAACAUAAUGAUGGAAGUGUUUAUGUAAAUAGUGCUAAAAUUAAUGCUAUGAAUUACUAAUUGGCUGCCAUUGACGGGGAUAGACGUCCAAUCCGGUUGAAUUGGGGGUAUCCUCCUUGUUCAACCGGAUUGGACAUCUACUAGCGAUAAAAUCAUUUGCUGAACGAUGAUCGGACGUCUGUAUGAAUGAUCGCAAAAAACUACGAUCGGACACGUCUAUGUGAACGAUCACAAAUAACGACAACAAGUAAUAGAAGUGAUGAUGAUAUUAAUGAUGAUGUCAUGUGAUUAAAGCUUCAUGAUAAAUAAUCAAAGGUGUUGGAA